AUGGCCAACGAACAUCCAGAGUCCGCUGAGGACUUCGAGUUCAUCCAGACACCUCCUGCCCCUCCGGAGCAUCCUCCCUCAAACUGUGGUGUCCGCACCACUUCCUAUCCCUCAAUCAAGAAUGGUCCUCUCCCUGCCGACGCCGCAGGAGGUGACUCCUUCAAUAACAUCCUGCUCAUCGGCCUGCUCAUCGCCGUGCCAUGGUACAUUGCCCGCCAACUGCAUGGCGGUAUCUACACCACCCUCUUCAUUGCAGUCUUCACCAGCAUUCCCAUCCUCAUGCUGUUCUGGGCCGUCGCCUCAACCAUUUCUCCUCGAAUAAAUGACAAGGCCACAUACCCGGGUCGUCCAGUCGAACACUACCUCGACUUCCACAGUGAGGAGCAUCGAGCAAGAUACCAUGGUAAAAACAAAAUCCCUAUGGAGACAUUCCACGAGAUGUACUUUGACCAGAAGGUCUCGUUCAAGGGCGAUUGCUUGGAGACCUUGGAAUAUCGCCAUGACUGGGCAAGUUUCCGUUUCACGCUCUCAUUAUUCCGGUACUUUUUCACCGGCAUGAUCCCCGAAGUUAUCAUGCACACCCGCUCCCAGGAUGAAGAACAAGUCCGUGAUCACUACGACCGUGGUGACGAUUUUUACGCGUGGUUCCUCGGCCCCCGAAUGAUUUACACAUCGGGCAUCAUCUCCGACAUCAACCGCGAGGAAUCUUUAGAGGAACUACAGGACAAUAAACUUGCCGUGGUGUGCGAGAAGAUCGGUCUCCAACAGGGUGAGACGCUCCUCGAUAUCGGCUGUGGCUGGGGAACUUUGGCGAAAUACGCCAGCGUCAACUAUGGUGCGCACGCAACUGGCAUCACGUUAGGUCGUAACCAGACAAAAUGGGGCAACAACGGUCUCCGGAAGUCAAACAUUCCAGAUUCCCAAUCUCGAAUCCUCUGCAUGGAUUACCGUGACAUUCCCCAUACCCCACCCAAUAGAUCCAACGAAAAAUACAAAAAAAUCACCUGUCUGGAAAUGGCCGAACACGUGGGAGUCAGACACCUCUCGAGCUUCCUGCGCCAAGUCAACGAUCUACUGGAUGACGAUGGUGUUUUCUUCUUGCAAAUCGCCGGGUUGAGGAAGUAUUGGCAAUACGAAGACCUAAUUUGGGGGCUUUUCAUGAACAAAUACAUCUUCCCUGGCGCCGAUGCAUCGACUCCUCUGGGAUUCGUGAUUGAUAAACUUGAAGGUGCGGGCUUUGAGGUCAAAGCCGUGGACACAAUCGGCGUUCACUACAGUGCGACGCUCUGGAGAUGGUACAGGAACUGGCUCGCCAACGCCGACAAGGUCAAGGCCAAAUACGGUGUGAGAUGGUACAGAAUAUGGGAAUUUUUCUUGGCCUGGAGUACCAUUAUCUCCAGACAAGGGUCCGCGACUUGUUUUCAAAUUGUGUUGGUCAAGAACAUCAAUUCGACACACCGCAUUGAGGGUGUGAGACAGCAAUUUGGGCUUCAAGGAGCGCUACAAGCCGGGAAAGAACACAUUGCAGCUAGUAAAGGCGACAAGAAGCAGAACGGGAAAGCAGUGAAUGGGCAUGCAUAG